AUGGUCACCGCCGCUGUUGGUUUCGAUGCCACCGAUCAGAAGUUCAUUGUGAUCGGUGCUGAAAAUCUGGAAGAUACUGACACCGUUGGCGCGUCGAUUGAUCUCGAUGGCAGAUCGUUGACAUUGCUGGAGAUUUGUCAAUCGGUUGAAGAGGCGAAACAAGCUUGUGAGCAGAAAGCGAGUAAUAUGAGCAAUGUUGGUUUUUUCUCUGCUGGAAUCUUGUGAUCUUCUGCUAGAUCUUUCUCUAGAUCUCUAGAUUUUUUGCAGAUCAAUGGAAUGGGUCUUGCAUCGAUUACUUAUGACGAUGAACUUCAGCAAUCGUCGUCUUCUGGAACUGAGGCGAAGGAUAUUGAAGAGGAGCAGGAGAUGGAAGAAGAUCAGAAUGGGUUGAUUGAAGAUGUGGCUGGGAAUCAGGAGUUGUUUGGAGCGGUUGAUCUUCAUGUGAUUAGUGAUAUGCGUGAGUUUUGGGUGUUUUUGGAGGGCAGGUGGGUAAGGAUCAGCGCCUUGAGAGCAUCUUUGACAAGUAGCCGCGCCUUGAGAGCAUGAAUGCCAAGUAGCCGCGCUUAGGAAUCCUGGUUGUCAAGGAUCAGCGCCUUGAGAGCUCUCUAUGUCAAGCAGCCGAGCCUAUAGAUCUAUUUUGUCUAGGAGCUGCGCCUAAAAAGCCAAUCGGUCAAGGAUCAGCGCCUUGAGAACCGAAUUGUGUAGGAUUCACUUCUAAAGAGCUCCUAUGUCAAGGAUCAGCUCCUAGAAAUCCUAGUUGUUAAGGAGCCGCGCCUUGAGAGCGUAUUUGUCAAGUAGCCGAGCCUAGAGAGUAUUAUUGUUAAGGACAUGCGUCUAUAGGUCAACUCUGACAAGAAGGUGCGCCUAGAAAUCCUAGUUGUCAAGUAGCCGCGCCUAGAGAGUAUUAUUGUUGAGGAGUCGCGCCUACAGAUCUAUUCCUUCAAGGAGCCGCGCCUUGACAGCAUCUUUGUCAAGUAGCCACGCCUAGAGAGUAUUAUUGUUGAGGAGUCGCGCCUACAGAUCUAUUCCUUCAAGGAGCCGCGCCUUGACAGCAUCUUUGUCAAGUAGCCACGCCUAGAAAUCUUGGUUCUGAAGCAGUCGCGCCUUGAGAGCAUCUUUGUCAAGUAGCCGAGUCUAGAAAUCCUAGUUCUCAAGUAGCCACGCCUAGACAUUAUAAUUGUCUAGGAGCUGCGCCUAUAGAUCCACUCUGACAAGAAGCCGCGCCUGAAAAACCUGAUUCUCCCGGAUUUCGGAUUCAAAAUUUUCAAAUUUUCGUGAAAAAUGAAGAAUUUUAGACAUAAAAGUCCGAGUUUUGAGUCGAAAAUUAGAAAUUUUCCAAACUUUUUAGCCCAAUAUUGAAAGUAGGCUUGGAAAAGCCUUUUUCACAAUUCUCAAGCAGCCGCAUCUUGAGAGCUUCUAUGUCAAGGAUCAGCGCCUAGAGAGCCUAGUUGUCAAGGAGCCGCGCCUUGAGAUCCUAGUUUUGAAGCAGCCGUGCCCAGACAGUAGAAUUGUCUAGGAGCCGCGUCUCUCUGACAAGUAGCCGAGCCUGAAAAACCUGAUUUUCCCGAAUUUAGCAUCCAAAAUUUGGAUUAUUAGUGAAAAUUAAUAAUUUUAGGCAUAAAAGUCCGUUUUCAACGAAUUUUAAGUCGAAAAUUAGGAAUUCUCAGAAUUUUUAGCCUAAUAUGUCUAUGAUCCGAAGGAGGCUUGGAAAAAGCCCAUUUUUCACAUUUCUCAAGCAGCCGCGCCUUGAGAACUUCUAUGUUCAAGGAUCAGCGCCUUGAGAGCUUCUGAUUUCAAGUAGCCGCGCCUAGAAAGCUAUAUUUUCAAGAAUCAGCGCCUUGAGACCCCAGAAAAACCCUGAUUUUCACGAAUUUCGCAUCAAAAAUCUGUAUUUUUGAUGGUUUUUAGUGAAAAAUUCAGAAUUUUAAGCCUAAAAAAUCCAAUUCUCGAUUUUCAGAAAGUCAAAUUGAUGGAAUGCGAAAAUCGGUUCGAGAUGUUGUCGGAAUGGUGAUGGAAGACAUGAAAAGCGAUAUGGAACGAAUGAAAGCGCGACAAGAAAAAAUGAUGGAAAUGUUCAAAAAUGCAUUUGGAACCGAAAGAGAUGGCCGCAUUAUUGAACCGUUUUCAGGUUUGAGCUAUGACGUGGCAAAUCUUGAUUUAAAAUCAUGUUUUUUCAGAACUUGCCACAAGUCGCACAUUCAAUUUUGGAUCGAUAAAUGAUAGCCGAGCUUUGAAUGGCAUCGAAACACUGAUUCAAUCACAAUUUGAUAUUGUUGAACAGGCGUCGCGGAAGAAAAUUGAUGAGUGGACGCGGUUUUUGAAAAAUAACGCGGCUCCGAGUCAUUCAAACCAUUCGCAAGGAUUUUCCAAUGGAUCUUAUCAGCGUAGAGAUCAGCCGAAACCGCAGAUUCCAACGGCGAUUCGGAGAGAUGAGGAUUCGAUUCUGUUGAAUGCGAGUUUGGAUGUGUCGACGACAAUGAAUCCGAAAGAAGUUCAGGGAAAGCGGAUUGUUAAUGGGGUGGUGCAGGCGGUUGAACGUGAGGCAUUUUUUUGGGGGGGGGGGGUUUCCUGUCCAAAACACACCGUACCACCUGCGUAUCUAACUGAUUUUGAGCGAAAAUUGUCCAGAAUCAAAAAAGAUACAUUUUCUGUCCAAAAACACAGCUUUUUUUCACAGUACCCCAAAUUUUGUGAUGAAAAUUGUCCAAAAUCAAAAACAGACAUUUCCUCUCCAAAACACAAGCUUGGCCAGAUUAAAGGAACAUACCGUACCUUUUUUUUUACAGUACCUCAAAUUUUGUGCUGAAAAUUGUCCAAAAACACAAGAUUGGCCAGAUUAAAGGAACAUACCGUACCUUUUUUUUACAGUACCCCAAAUUUUGUGCUGAAAAUUGUCCAAAAUCAAAAAACAGACAUUUCCUGUCCAAAAACACUGUCAGAUUAAAGGAACAUACCGUACCUGUUUUUUUUACAGUACUCCAAAUUUUGUGCUGAAAAUUGUCCAAAACAGAAGAUUUCCUGUCCAAAAACACUGCCACAUUAAAGGAGCAUACCGUAUCCACCUGCGUAUCUAACUGAACAAUUUUUUGUGUCCAAUUUUUUGUCAGAAAUCGAGUUAGAUGUGCAGGUUCUACCGUACUUUUUGGCGUGUGCCUUUAGGGUUUUUGGACAGGAAAUUUUCGGUUUUUUUUUAAAUUUUGCACUUGGAAAAAGCAUUUUGUUUAAUUUUAAAAAGUUUCUAACAUGAGCAAUCCAGAAAAAGUUCUGAAAAUUUUCUAACAUGAGCAAUUGAAGUUUUUUUGAUUAGAAAACAAAAUUUUUCAGUCUACGGAAAAAACCGCGAUUUAUUGAUUUUUUUGUUGCGAAAAAAAUUGGGCCAAAUUAUUUGGAAGCUAUUUUUUCACAAGUUUUAAUAUUUUUUCCAAAUUUUCAAAAUCCUAGGAUGAAAAUUGACCAAAAUUAUAAAUUUCGGACCCACAACUCGGCAAAAAUGGCCAGAGUAAAGUUUUGAAAAAAAAUCUUAAUUUCAGUUUUUACUGAAUUUUUAAUUUUGAAAACCAUGAUUUAGGCCAAGUUAGACCUCUCAUUCCCUUCUCAAAACGUUCUUUAUUUUUCCAGGUCUCGAUUAUCCAUAUAUUUCACAAGAUGAAGAAGAGCGAUGUCUCGAAGAAGCGAAUGGACAAGGACCAAUUUAUGCUCAACUCAUUUCCAAAGUUUUGUUCGCUGACACAAUUGAUUUGUAUUUCAAAGAUCAAGAUGUUGGAAAACGCAAUUGGUUGCAUGACGCGGUUGAUUUUCGAUUUCCGACUUUUGAUAAAUCGGUCCACGUGGCAAAAUGGAAGAAUUGCUCGUAUUUUAUUAAUAAGAAUAUGCGACAACAUCAUCAGGCGACUGGAAGUUGGUUUUUUUUCUCCGGGGUUUUUCGGAAAAUUUUCAGCGGAAAAUCUGAAAUUGGAACUGAAUUUUGAAACUUUUUAUCAAUUUUUAUCCGAAAAAUUAAUUUUUCGAUUAUUUUAAAGAAAAAAUUUUCAAGAUUUCAAUUAACGGAAAAUUUGUUUUGAAAAUUGGAACUUUGCCAAUUUUUCAACGCAAAUUCAAAUUUCUCCGGGUUUUUGCUAAUUUCGAAUUUUUUAAUUUGAAAACAUUUUUUUUUUCAACUUUUGGCUGAACUCUUCAAGAUUUUGAGAAUUCUGCCGGUUUCAGUGGAAAAUCUGAAAUUGGUACUGAAUUUUGAAAUUUUGAAAAUUAGAAUUUUGCCAAUUUUUUCAACCCAAAUUCAAAUUUUUCCAGGAAAUUUUUGAAAAUUUCGGCUUUUUUCAGCGGAAAAUCUGUUUUGAAAUUUUGAAAAUUGAAAAUUUGCCAAUUUUUUAAAUACAAAUUCAAAUUUCUUCAGGAAAUUUUUAAAAUUCGGUUUUUUUCAGCGGAAAAAAAUAUAGCCUAACAUGAGCAAUCCUCAAAAAAAAAACUCCUUAAGGAUUUUUGAGCAUUGCUCAAUUUUUUUAUUUCAAAACAAACGAUUUCAUCGAGAAGAUCGGAGUUCUGAAGGUUUUUGCUAAUUGAAAAUGAAAAAUAUGUGAAUUUUCAUUUCAAUCCUUGAAAAGCCUAACAUGAGCAAUCCUUAAGGAUUUUUGAGGAUUGCUCAUUUUAGGUUUUUUAUUUCGAAAUAGACGAUUUCAGCGAGAAAAUCGGAGCUCUGAACUGAAUUUUGAAACUUUUCAUCAAUUUUUAUCCAAAAAUAUUAAUUUUUCAAAUAUUUUUAGGAAAAUUCAGAAAAAAAGCCCAAAUUUUUCAAAAAUUUUGCGAAAAAUUUUGCUACAAACAGAAAAAUUGGAAAAAUUUGAAGGUUCAAAUUUUAAAACUUGAAAUUUUGCCAAAAUUUUAUCCCAAAAUUAUUAAAUUCUAUCAAAAAUCCAUUUUUCAGGACCACAACCACGUGCUUAUAAAGAGCGAGUGAAGAGAGAUCCAAUCAUGCCGGCUUCCGACGAAAAAUCAGUUUUGAAAGAGGUUCAGGCGAAAAAUUCGAACAUUUUUUCAAAUGGCAAAUUGAACGAAGAUGACAUUGUUGAUGAUUUCAUUUCGCAUGAAACAAAUAUUCCACGAAUCAAAUAUUUGACUGCAGAUUAUGAGAAAUAUUGCUAUGAAGAAGCACAAAAAGCGGGAAAUCAAUAUAAAUAUGCGGAACUAAUGGCAUUCCGUCUGUUUGCCGAUAAUUUGCAAUCGAAAUUCAAAGAACAAGAUGUGAAUAAGAAGGAAUGGUUGAGGCAUUGUGUUGAAUCGAGAUAUCCGAUUAAAGAUCGAGAGAAGAAUGAUAAAAGAUGGAAAGUUUGUGGACAAACUUGUAAUCGAAAUCGGUAAGUAUUGCUUAUUAUUGGGUGAUUUUGAAGGGGAUUGCUCAUUUUAGAGUUAAUUUUCGGAAUUUUUAUAAAAUUGCUCAUGUUAGGAAUUCUUAUAGCAUUGCUCAUGUUAGGAAAUUUUUAGGUUCACUGAUUUUCGGUAUUUUAAAAAAUUGCUCAUGUUAGAGCUCAUUUUAGGAUUCUUAAUUUCAGAAUUUAAAAAAAGGAUUGCUCAUUUUAGGAAUUAUUUAGCAUUGCUCAUGUUAGGAUUUUUUUUUAGAAUAGCUCAUUUUUGGGUAAUUUUGAAGGGGAUUGCUCAUGUUAGCAUUUUAUUUAGAAUUCCUCUUGUUAGGAAUUAUCGAGAAUUGCUCAGUUUUGUACUCAUUUAGUAUUGCUCAUUUUUGGAAUUUUUUAAAGGAUUGCUCAUUUUAGGGUUUGAUUGGGAUUGCUCAUUUUAGUAAUUAUUUAGCAUUGCUCAUUUUGAGAUUUUUUAAAGGAUUUGCUCAUGUUAAGAAUUAUUUAGAAUUCCUAAUUUCAGAAUUUAAAAAAAAGAUUGCUCAUUUUAGGAUUUGACUAGGUUUGCUCAUGUUAUUGGCUUCAUUAAAGAAAUCUUUCAGAUUACUUUUUAAUAUGAGCAAUACAGGUUUUUGAAGAUCAUGUUAGGUUUUUAAGAAUUUAUUAAAGGAUUGCUCAUUUUAAGAAUUUUUAAGAAUUUAUUAAAAAGAUUGCUCAUGUUAGGAAUUCAUUUUCAAAAUUUCUCAUUUUUGUAAUUUUUCAAAGGGAUUGCUCAUGUUAGGAUUUACUUAAAAUUUUUCUCAUUUUUGGAAUUUUUUAAAAGAUUGCUCAUGUUAGCUUUUUCAUUAAAGAACGCUUCAAAGUAUAUUCAUAACAUGAGCAAUGGUCUCCCUAAGAUUGCUCAGAUUACCUUUUCACCUGUUAAAGGGCGUUAAUAGUCUCAUUUUCUAGAAGCUUUUUUUUUAAAUAUGAGCAAUGCCCCAAAUUUUGCAGCACAAAAGUGGUUGGACCAGAUGGACACGAAGCAAGAUGGCCAUAUUUUCCACAAUCAGUUGAGGAAGAAUGUUUCAAAAAAUGCGAUGGAAAUUUUGCAAUUUAUGCGGAAUUGAUGAAUGUGAAAUUAUUUCCCGACACUCAACAUGUCUACUUCAAAAAUCAGGAUGUUGGAAAACGAUUCUGGUUGCACGCACAAGUCGAUCGACGAUUCCCAACACCUGACAAAGGCCAGCAAUUUGCCAAAUGGAAAGCGUGCACAAAUGCGAUCAAUAAAAAGUUUGCCGAUGGAACUGUUAUACCAAUUAAUAUUAAUAGACAGGAAGAAGAGGAAGAGGAAGAAUCACAAAAUGAUCGAGAAGGAAGCAGUGCGGAUUCGGAUGAUAUUUUUGAUGAUACAACUUUGGAAGAGGAAGAGGAAGAAGUUGAAGAUGUGAAACCGGUUGAUGUUGUGGUGAUUCCGAAAUUUGACAGAAGAAGCGCCGAAAACACUUUGAAAAGAAAAUUGAAUGAUUCAGAAGCUGGAACACCAUCAGGAAAGCGAGAAAGUGUUAGAAAUAAAAUGAAGAAGGAAAAAGAGGAGAUUGAAUCGUAUCCAUAUAUAAGUGAAGAAGAGGAGAUUAAAUGUUUGAAAUUUGCCAAUGGAAAUGCGCAUAUUUAUGGGAGAGAGGUGUUGAAAUUGGUGUUUAAGGAUACGACACCGCAGGCGUUUUAUAAGGUAUUUUUUGAACUAUUUUUGAGGAUUUUUGGGUCCUAAUCAGGCCUGUGCCGGAAAUUUUCUCGUUUUUUUCAAAUUUUUCCAGUUUUCCGGAAAAUGUUCUUUAGUAGUAAUAUUUUUAAUUUUUCCUAAAUUCUGGGAAAUUUUCUUAGUUUAUGAUAGAAAAAAUGAAAUUUUUGGAUUUUUUUUUCAAUUUUCACUAUGUUUUGAACGUAAAACAUUUUUUUUAACAAAAAAUUUCGAUUCAGAAAUUCUCAAAAAAUUAUAUUUUUCCCUAUUUUUGACAUUUUUUUUUGAAAAAUAUCUCGAAGCGAAAAUUUUUCAAUAAAAAAAAUACCAAAAAUAGGGAAAAAUAGUUUUUUUUUGAUAUCCUCCCCUUAUAAAAAACGAAAUCACUGAAAAUUUGGCGUCACAUUAAAUGUUUCCAUCAAUAAUGUGCAAACACCGCUUCGUUUUUUGAAAAAUCAACUCGAUUUUUGACAAGAAAUUGGACACAAAAAUGUGUCAGCCUUAGAUACGCAGGUGGAUACGGUAGAAGUAUUUGUGAAUUUUUAUUUAUUUAUUUUUUUUUGAGGGUUUGAGCGCUGCAAUUUUUGGAACAUCUAACACGCUUAUUGUAACUUCAGGGGAUUUUUUUCUUCAAAACGGGAACUCCACUCUAACUUUGACUUUGAGAAUAGAUCACUUCAAAAGUAUAACAGUUGGGAACCCUGAGAAUUCUCUCUAACUACACUUCACGAAGAGUAUACUAGUUUUCUAAAAAAAGUUUUUUUUUUUCUAAUUUUUUUUCAAAAUGUUCAAAAAAAAAUUUUUUUUCAAUUUGUUUUUCAAAAAUUCUUUCAAAAUUUCCAAAAAAAAAUUUUUUUUCAAAAAUUAUUUCCCGCCCAAAUCAAAAUUUAAAAUUUUGAUGUUUUUUAACGCCUUUCGCUCCUCAAACUACACUCUAGUCUUAGGAAAUCAACAAAUUUUCAUGUUUUUUGCAGGAACUCGAUUCAAAGAAACGUGACUGGUGCCUGGAAAUUCUCGAUUUCCGCUUCCCAUCUGAAAAUGACAAGGAAAGACAGGCGAAAAUUCGUGGAGUUAUGCUAACUUAUAAUAAGUAUUUGGGCGGACUCUUGAGACGAUCUCAAUAA